GAACCGAAUCUUCUACUUGUCAAAUUUAACACACACUUUUUAGGCCCCACAAAUAUCAAAAUUCUCGUAAUCGGUGGUCGGUAUAAAGUAUAUAUAUAUAUAAAUAAAAAAAUAAAUACCUUGAUUAUUUUCCAUGCGAAAUAUCUCAGAUAUGGCUUAUUAGUAAUUUAAGACAUGAGAAAUUACAAGGUUAAUUUUCAUCAUCGCCAAGAAAAAUUAUUAACGAUAAUUCUGAGAAAAGAGAAAGAUCUUAUUUAACUGGGAUAACCCAUUUGCGAGAUCGAAAGUACCAAAUGAAAAAAAGGCUUGGAUUUUUUAUGUUCGUAUUUUGAAUGAGAAUGUUCUAAAGUGACAAUGGCCACCCGUAGACCAGGUCUUACCAAAACCCAAGCUUUACGCCAAGCAAGAUCUUCGGCACUUGUCAAGCAAUAUGCGGAAAGGAAAGAAACUAUCGAGCAACCUCCGCCAGAACCACCGAAGAGACGAAGGAUAGCACCGACACAUGAGCCGAAGAAAGUUGACUUCUCUAAACCGGGUUUAACAAAAGCUAUGUUAGCCCGAAAAAAACAUGCGGAGGAAAUGAAGAAAGAGUAUGCACGUAAAAAGGAAGAGGAAACCGCAGCUAUAGGCCGUCGGCCGAGACGAACGCCAGCACCGAUCGGUGGCGAUGUUAGGAUGGGUCGAGAAAAGAUGCCCAGAAGAGAUGCUGCUGAGCGACGAAAAGCACCUCCUAAAGCAUUACCGCCCAUACCAGAGAAAACUCGUGAGCUUGCAAAGACUAUCAGAGCCGAUGUCGUUCGUGCCGAACCGAUAGGUAAAGGACCGAUCGAUAGUGUCGUCAUACCAGCGGGAUCGAUUAAAGAUAAUCGUACUACGAUCGUCAGUAUUCCUCAACCACCAGAAGUAUCUAGAGUAACCGAUCGUUCGAUGCAAGUAAUCAGCGAAACCUUGGAUGAGCAGGAUGCUGCCGAAGCUGUAGCCGUACAAUCGAAGCUGGAUGAUUUACAGCAAGCAAGGAGAGAUUUUGUAAUGACUGUAGCGAAUAUCAGUGGAAAAGUAGCCGCGAUCGAUCAAGUGCCCCCUAUAGAAGCCGAAACACCCCCUAGAUAUCUGCAAAGAGUACACGAUAUAGAUGAUCCAUACCUGCGUAUAGAAUAUACCAAAGAUCAUCCGAUCGUAGAAGCAGCCCGUGAAUUUAUGCAGAAAAGCCUUAGAGCUAUGAAAGAAAGUGAAGCAGCAAAAAGAUGGGAUGACGAGAUUAGGAAAAUCACUCAGGCCGCAACAGAAAUAGCUUUGGAACUAGACGAUGAACCUCCUCUCUAUGAAGAAAAGCUUAUAGAAUUUGAUGAGGAUGAAGAAUACCACACGCCACCUACUCCACCGGGUUAUCGCGGUAGACAAAUAAUUGAUGUAUCACCUUCAGCUCGUCGAAGGGAUAUUUAUGAAUAUGGAACCUUUGAUCCGGAAGAAUUGGAAAGAUUCUUCGAUAUCGAACGUUAUCCACCUUUCCGCAUUCCACCAUUAGGUCGAGAAACUCUUCAUCCCGAUCUUUGGGAAAUAGACGAUCCGUGGUUUAUACCACCUCCAGAACCUGACCAGCCGGAUUUGAUUCAAUUUGAUUAGCGAUUAGCUAAUGAUAAUAAUGAACCAAAAAAUCAUU